ACAAAGAGGAGAAUCAUUCGUGUCCCCGGCUUAAUACCACCGAAAAACAAAAAAAAUUGUGGUACACUAAAGAUCUUUAAUAUAGCCGUUUUAAAAUUUCUUCUCUAUGUGCGAAUAAGAAUUUGAGGUGAAGUAACAGCUGCAACGCAAGCCGAGGCAGACGCGGUGACGCGGACAAAGGCAAAAGGGAAAAGGGAAAAGGGCAAAGGGAAAAGACCAGAUAUCCAAUAUACGCGAAUCGUACCGGGUCUCAACAAAAGUUGUGGUUUUUUUUUGGUUUUUUUUAUUGGAUUCAGUGACAACAAAAAGUUCAUUCGCCUAUUUCGCUCACGAAAAACGGCUGGAAGUAAAAGAGUGCAGGGAAAAGAAGGAAGAUGAGCAGCAGCCGCGGCUACCCAAAACUGAAGCGCCGAACGCCAAGCCCCCCUCCUCCUCCUCCUCGGCGCGAAAGAGGAGAAAAAUCUUCCAAGGAUGACGCCAACGCCUCUGACUCUGCACCUCGUUACACAGCAUAUCCCACAACUUUGCUAGUUAGAAACCUCUCUCAAGACACAAGGCCAGAGGAUCUUCGCAUUCCUUUUGAGAGCUUCGGACCUGUGAAUGAUGUAUAUCUUCCUAGAAAUUACCAUACAGGAAAACCAGCAGGUUUUGGAUUUGUUAAGUACAGAAAUGCUGAAGAUGCUGCAGAAGCCAAACACCAUAUGAAUAAUCAAAUUAUUUGUGGGCAUCAGAUCAGUGUUGUUUUCUCUAAGGAGGAUGCUAAACGUCCAGAACAGAUGCUUGCAAAAGAACACAACACUUAGUUGCUAUUAUGAAGAUUAGAUAUAGUACAGGAUUAUCCUUUCUCUUCCACAACAUGGAUUGCAAAAAUAUAGUCUCAUAAACAUGAACAUUCUUAUGCUAUUUUUAUUUUCCUUGUUAGAUUUCUAUAUGUUAACCAUUUAUGAAUAGUAAUAUUAUCAAUCUAUUCUGCUAA